AUGGUCUCUUUUCAGUGUGAGGCAUGCGGUGACAUUUUCACCAAGAAAAAGCUCGAUCCCCAUCGUAACCAGUGCCGAGGCGCCUCUUUCACUUGCAUCGACUGCAUGGUUCAUUUCCAAGGCACUGCGUACAGAGCGCAUACGUCUUGUAUGAGCGAGGCCCAGAAGUACCAGGGCGCCCUAUACCGUGAAAAGCCCGCCAAGGGGGCCCAGAAGAAGGGUCAAAAUGGCGCAAACAACGCCAAUCAGCAAAAGGGCAAGGGCAGCAACAACGCCUCCAAGCAGCCUCGUGUUGAAGAUGGUUCAGACAGGGAGGCCCUCAAGGCCGAAGUGGCCCCGCCUCCAGCGCCUUCGCCUCCUCCUGUCGGCGAGGGCAAAGCCACGUCUGAAGCCUUGGCCAAAUCGGACAAGCCUGUCAACGUCUUCGACUACCUGGUCACCGAUGGCACCCCCAACGCCUCCAAGGUGUCGCUGGCCCCUCAGGCUACCCCCAAGGAACAGAUGCGCAUGGUGGCCAACGCCAAGUCCGUGUUCGAGCCCGGCGAGGCACUGGCUAAGGUUGACACCAAGACCGAUGAUGAAGGUCACUACGACGUCGCGUACGAGGAGAAUGGCUACUCUUACGGCGCGGAACCCAUCUCUCCUUCCAUGUUUCCCAAGGACGUCCCCAAUGUCUCGACCGAGUUUGUAACGCCUGCUCCCAAAAAGAGCAAGAAAGAGCGACGCAAAGAAGAGAAGCGUGGUGGUGAGGCUGUGAGCGAAAAGAAGCGCAAGCGUGGACAGGACAACUCUUUCAGCCCGCAGAACAUGGAAGAUACCCCAAUGAUGGAUGCGCCAUCCAGUGUGAUCAACAAUGCCGGCACCCCCCACUUGGCUCAUUCUGGACUGACUGGCGGGCUGAACCGUAUGAUGCGCUCUGAAUCCCCCGAGGACUCUACCGAUCAUCACCGCCAGCCUUACAAUGACACCUCUUCCCCCAUCAAACGCACCCGUCGCAAUGGCAAGGAGAGCAAGCAGAGCAAUGGCCACGGCGAUCAGGGACUCGGUAUCUCCAUGAAGAACCGUGCUGAACGUCUGGUCUCCUCCAUGUUCGGUGGCUCGGUCGUCUCAGCCAGCAGUGCUGGGAACGACGGGAACACUCGGGCAUCCGCUCGCACCCGACGCGGCUCCUCAUCCGACGCCGAGGGUGAUCUCGAGGUCCGCAAGAAGAAGUCCCACCGAACCCGCCAUGUCUCCGAUUCGCACGCGGAGCGCAAGACCAAGCGCAAGAGCAGCAACCCCACCGACGGGGACCGGCCCAGCCGUCGCCAAAAGCAGAGCGAUGAGCGUCGUCGAUCAGACUCGCGCUCUCCACAUCGCGAACACCAGGUGACGGUCUAUCGCGCGUCCAAACCCCCGGCGCGCGGCGAGGAGCUGCAGCGUGAACUGGCCAUUCAGUUCCUCAACAUUGCCGCGUCCAGAGAUAGCGAGCGCGGCUGCUCAAUCAACAAGGCUCUGAAGCGGUUCCAUCGUCAAUUCGAUGAUGACCGUUACUCCGAUCUGGGCCAGGAUGACCUGGACCGAAGAGCGAUUGAUGAAAAGGAUCUUUGGCGAGCAUUGCGAUUGAGGAGAAACGAGCGGGGUGAAAUCGUGGUCUUUAUCUGA